AUUAGAUGCUCUACCUAUGAAGCAAAGAAAAUCCUUCAACUUAUUAAAAAAUGAUUUCCAGUUUAAAAGACCUUUUCUAAAAAUAAAAACGGGAUUGAAAAAAUGAUGGCUUGAUGGUUGGGCAAUGGCCAAGUCAAUAUUGUACUGCAAAGCGAGAAGAAUUUUAACCGUAAGUACAGCCAAAAUUUAAGCAGACAAGAAAAAACAUGGGAUCCAGGUUAAAACAGGACAACAAAUUAUUAUAUUUUGACCGCGGUAAGAAACUGUUUUAACUAGCAUAUUAGGGUUGACUGCAAAUGAUUCGUAAGGCCGAAGAUUUGUAUUCUUUACGUGAAGUUGCAGGGUAGGAGUUCCAAAUUAAUAAAAAUGCUUCAUUGCUUGGUGCGCUGCGAAAAAAGGUUAAGGAUACCAGAUUUGUAGCCGGCCUUAAAGUUAAAGAAUCUGAUGCCCACAAAAAAUACUUGCAGUUAACAUAUAUACUCCUUAUAAAUGGAGCUCUACCCAAUUCAAUUCUAAUUUGUGUCUUUUCUGUUGUCGUACGAUAAGGUGCUAAAUCUGGUCAAAUUUUAGAGUUUCUACCUGGAGAUUUUGAUUGAGUCUGAGAUACCCAAUUUAAAAUUACGAAUUGGGUUUGCUUCUGAAUGAGAUUUUUGAUUUGGUCCAUCUCGGUAGCGUGUGCGCGUUUUUGACCCUUGUAGUCAGGGUUUGUGAAUUUGCAAUCUCAAUUGUGAUUAUGGAUAUCGAGCGCUCAAUUCAGGAUGUGUUUCUCGAGAUGGCGAAAAAAUCACAUUUCUAGCAUGCCCAUUUGAGGUUUGGGGUCUCCGCUGCAGAAAAAUAGAUAGAGCCGUCUGGCGUAAGCACGAACCCUAAUUUGAAACCCCUAAUCCUUUGCUCUAGUUUUACAGCAGAAACAUAGAUUCUUGAUGGCGGAUCGGCUGGGUUCUUUGCAAGAAUUACCAAUCCAUCUUAUUCAAGAAAUUUUGAGCAAUGGACAAUUAAGUGCUGCAGAUUUGGCGAGGUUAGAGGCUUCGUGCUAUGCGUUCAGAGAGUCUUAUGGGUUUUUGCCGUCUAGAUUCAAGUCCAUGCCAGAGCUUGCGGCGUUUCAGUCUUGUCUUGCGGACACCAUGUUUUUUGCGAUGUCGUUGGCAUCCAGGACGGAGCUUCUGAAUCGAUGCGGAAGCAAUUGGAAACUUGUCUUGAGGUUUCUGCAAUCUGUGCGCCAGGCAUUUGGUUCCGUGGAGACUCCAAAAGGCAAUGUCCAAGUUACAACUGGAAAGUAUCACACUCUGUUGGUUGAAGAUGGUUCACUGUACAAUUGUGGUUCAAGCAUAUGUGGAGUUCUUGGGCAUGGGCCAGAAAUCACCCAGUGUGGGUCCUUGACUCGGCUUCCAUUGGGGUUGACAGUAACUCAUGUUUCGGGCUCACAUAAUCAUGCUGCUCUUGUAACCCAGUCUGGAGAGGUGUUUACCUGGGGAGAUAAUUCUUCAUUUUGCUGUGGCCAUGGAGAAGUUGGAUGUGUCAUUUUUAGACCUACGAAAAUUGAAGCUCUCAAGGGUAUUAUUUGCAAACAGGUUGCUACAGGUCUCAGUUAUACAGUGAUUCUUACAAAAUAUGGGCAAGUUUACACUUGUGGUAGCAACUCACAUGGUCAGCUGGGUCAUGGGGAUACUUUAGAGAGAACUACUCCAAGGAAAGUGGAAAGAUUCAAUAGUCUUGGUCCAGUGUUGCAAAUUGCUGCAGGGGUCAGCCAUACAAUGGCAGUUACUGAGGAUGGAACACUGUAUACUUUUGGCUCUGGUUCAAAUUUCUGCCUUGGCCAUGGUGAUCCACGAGAUGAGUUCCAACCACGGGCUGUGCAAGCUUUCAAAAGGAAAAACAUUCAUGUGAUUCGUGUAUCGGCGGGAGAUGAACACUCGGUUGCACUUGAUUCAAAUGGAUAUGUGUAUACUUGGGGAAAAGGUUAUUGUGGAGCCUUGGGACAUGGUGAUGAAGUUGAUAAGACGACUCCAGAAUUAUUGACUGGUAUCAAGGAGCAUAGAGCAGUGCAGGUUUGUGCAAGAAAGAGGAAGACAUUUGUUCUUUCAGAUGAUGGAUUGGUAUUUGCCUUUGGAUGGAUGGGUUUUGGAAGCUUGGGAUUUGUGGAUAGAGGCAUUUCAGAUAAAGUUGUGAGCCCACUGGUGCUUGAAACUUUAAAGGGUUAUCAUAUUUCUCAAAUAAGUACAGGACUUUAUCACACAGUUGCAGUUACCAACAAGGGCUUGAUUUUUGGUUUUGGAGACAAUGAAAGGGCGCAACUAGGCCAAGAGUCAUUGCGGCAGUGUCUGGAACCAAGAGAGAUCAAGAUGUGGGAUGUACUGGAGGGGCCUGAUAUAGUUUUGGAAAGUCUAUAAACAUGAGAGGGAAGAGGUGAUAGAAAUUUCUCUGGUGUUUUUAACAGCUGCAGCUAGAAGAUAACCUUGCAUUUAUCAAUGUUAAUUCUCCAAUUGUGGAGUAUACGACAGAAGGAACUUAGUUUGCUAAGCUUUCUAGAUCAUUCCAUCAGAAUGAUUUUCUGAUUGGAUAAACAGUAAGGGCAGCCUCUGGAGAAAUAUUGGGAGGAAGCCUGACAGUACGCUUCAUGUAUUUAUUAGUUUUUAGGCAAGAGUGGUUUAAGCUAAAGAAUUUCCCUACUAUCCAGAUAAAGAUUGUGUGUAUGAAGACAAAUGGAACACUUCAAGUGGAAUCCAUGAAUAUCUUCGAAUUUGCAAGUUUACAGGUUUUGGCUAUUCCCAGUUUGACUAAAACUUAGAUAGAUUGCUGUUGACGGUUGUAGCAUGGAAGAUGGGAAAGUGAUCCACUAUGCUGGGUUGUAUAUAAUGUUGACCAACAACAUUGAGGAUAGGAUCAUUCAUAGUUAUUAUGAUGUAUGCUGCUCUUUGCAUGCCCUGUAAUAUUUCAGGAUGCUCCUUCAGCGUAUCUAUUGAAACAUAGAUAAAAAAGAGUGAAUAUGUUUACUGCACCUACUCACACUUAUUAAUAUUUAAAAUAUAGACUUCCAACAACCGUGUAAUAUACCUGGAGGCUGUAUGGUCCCCAUGCCAAGAUGAAUUGGAUAUUCCUUUCUCACUUCAGGCUUUUCUGUCUGUGGAGAAGCUGGGUACCAGAGGCUGUGGUUUUGCCUUUGGAGAACUAAGGUAGGGAAGGCUUUGGUCUUGUAUGUGAAGAACCAGAUUAUCAAUCAGGCUGGCAGCUUUUUGCUGCGCUUCUAAUUGUUUUAUAAGGGUGCAAUCAUUAAGCCACACCUCUUGAUUUUCAUGCGAGUUUCCAGUGAAACUCCCUUUUUUGUUAUUUUUAGAAUUAUCAAAGACAGGUAGAAUUUGAAAACUGAAAACUGUGAUGUAUUAUAAUUCCUGUGGAAGGCUAGUUAAAUUACAAAGUGGUCAACCCAACCCACUGUCACGGUAGUAUUUCUAUACAUAAAACGUGCAUUUAAAUUUGGAAAUUUGUGUUACCAAUUUCACAAAUAAAAUGAGAUGAAAUUAUAUUUGUUACUAUUUA